AUGGAGAAAUGGCCUGUGGAUCCCUCUUCCAGCCAUGUCGAUGACAGCACGAUAGUGGCUAUGUCCAAGGAAACCUUUGAAGCGGAGUCGAAUCCCCCACCAAUUGAGACCGCGCGACCACCUUGCCCGGACGGCGGCCUGCAAGCAUGGCUUACUGUAUUCGGCGCGUUCCUGGCACUCUUCUGCACGUUUGGGCAGUUGAACUCGUUCGGUACUUUUCAAACAUGGUAUGCGGAGCACCAGCUACGCGAUUUGCCACCAUCGACUAUUGCAUGGAUCGGAUCAUUACAGCUGUGGAUAUUCUUCUUCUCGGGGGGCUUCAUUGGUCGAAUAUUCGACGCCCGCGGACCACGAGUUAUCAUGAUCCCUGGGACUAUCGUGCUUGUGUUCAGCACUAUGAUGACUAGUCUCUCCUCAAAGUACUACCAAUACGUGCUCACCCAAGGCAUACUAUUUGGUUUGGGUGUCGGGAUGAUGUUCUAUCCCUCCCUCGCCGCGAUCUCAACACACUUCGCCAAAUAUCGCGGCACCGCGCUAGGCAUUGCCAUCGCGGGCUCGGGCGUCUCGCUUACACGCAAGCUUUUAGGACUGUUCAUCCCUUUCUUCUACAUUGCCGACUAUGCCAAGGACCAGCACAUCUCGGCAAACACAGUCUUCUACAUUAUCUCCGCUAUGAACGGCGGUGGCAUCCUCGGUCGCCUGCUUCCACCACUCCUCUCGGACGCCGUCGGCCGUUUCAACGUAAUGGUGCCGUGCGCCCUCCUCAUGGGUCUUUCCGCGCUUGUCUUCUGGAUAUUCGCCAAGUCACUUGUCGCCAUCAUCCUCUUCGCCGUCGUCUACGGCUUCUUCUCAGGCGCUUUCAUCGCCAUGCUCAUCCCCUGCGUGGCGCAGAUCUCGCAUCUAAACGAGAUCGGCACCAAGAUCGGUGUCCUGUAUAGUAUUAUUUCGUUCGCCGCCCUCGCCGGCGGUCCCGCAGCGGGCGCGCUGCUCAGGGCAGGACAUGGCUCGUAUAUCGGCAUGAUCGUGCUUUGCGGCGUCUCAAACGUCGCCGGCGCGCUGUUUAUGCUGGUGGCCCGGCUUCGUCUGGACCGUCGGAUCUUGGCAUUGCUCAGGACUUUCCUCUUGCGACGGACUGCGAGCGCAGCGGCCUCGAAGGGCCCGAAGAGCGUGGUGACGAACUCUGGUGCGAAGCACACGCGCGAACCUUCUGCAUGA